AACAUUUCCACAGUUGAAACUCACGUAGAAACUGCUUACCUGCGGCAAGCGUGUCGCAGUGUGAAUUGAACUCAAAAAACUUUGCCCGUGCCGAGUCUGUGCCGUACCGUUGCCGAGCCGGUUCUUUGCACGAAAGUGAGAAUCGGCCUUAAAUUGAAGAACUUGCGAUUUAACAUUCUUAGUGAACUUCUUACACGAAUACCUAUAACUGUCGUAUACGUAAUCGUAAAGGCGCCACAGAACAGUGAAAAUGUCCCAGAACCCUUCAAUGAAGAAAAUUCAAAUAGUGCAGGAUUUGCUAGUGCACCCGUCAACCUUGAGGUUACCCUCAACUGAUGGUAGCCAACAUCAUGGGUCACCUGCAACCGCUCAACAAAGGACGUCAGAAAACGUCAUAUAUAUUGCUGAUAGCGAUAUAGAAGACGAAUUUGCGGGAGUGCAUGGAAAUCUUGAGAGUCACCAGACCCGUCCCGCGUCGGAUCAACGUCUACCACCACCACCACCACCACAAAUGCAGCAUCCGGAUCACCUUCAUCAUCAGCACUCAACGCAUGCUGAACAACAAAUGCUGCUCCCACCAGUGAAUUUAAUUGCGGUUAAGGAGCACAGCAUGCGAUGGCUGCAGGAGCUUCACCGAAGCUACCAACAUCGACAAGUGGUAUUGGAGACGUUGACCACACAGUUAUCGGAUGAGCUGGCUGAAACUAUCAGAAAUUUGGAAACUGUGCGCGCUAACGUACUAGAGACUGAAGAGAUGCUGCGUAGGCUCUACGAAAUGAAUGUGUAGUUAUUGUAUAUAGAAAUAAAUAUUUUUUCAUAUUGUUAUCAUAAAAGUGUUCCUAUCUACAAC